AUGGCCGAUUCACAUCCCGUGUUUAGUCCAGUCUGUCCUAUACUCUUCGUCCUGUACCCCGCAGAAAGAACCAGACAGCUGAAAGAUUAUCUCCCAACAGAAAUUGGCCAAGUACAGCGUGUGAACGUGAAAGCUCUCGUCCGCAUGUAUGAAGGUGGUGAACUGGGUCCACGUUACCUCGGAGACCCAUCCGUUUACCUUGAAGGAAAACAGGUUGAGAGAAUCUCUGGGAGGAUGAUUCGACUGUGUAUCAACGCAGAGUGGACCUCGGGAGCACCUCGGGAAAAUCUUAUGACAAGCGUCGGGCACCACCUUCCUGGUAUUGUGCCCCACUGGAUGGUUUCGCAGGAUGAGGUAUAG